UAAUCCAUUGCCUCUGAAUAUAAUUGAAACAGAAAACAGGAAGAUGGCAGCAAAUCCUUCAGAACAAGGUUUUCAAAACAAAAAUAGAGUUGCAAUCUUGGCAGAACUGGACAAAGAGAAAUGAAAAUUACUUAUGUAGAACCCGUCUUCAGCAAAUAAUCCUGGAGCUAGCAUUGCACUCUCCAGACCAGCUCUUAAUAAGGACUUCCAGGGACAUGCAGAACAGCAGCAUAUUGCAGCCCAGCAGAAGGCAGCUUUGCAGCAUGCUCAUGCACAUUCAUCUGGAUACUUCAUAACUCAAGACUUUGCAUUUGGAAAUCUUUUUCUUCCUGUUUUACCUCGCCUUGACCCAGAAUGAAGAAAACAUCUGUAAUGAAAAUUACUUUGUAAUACCCAAUGCCAG